CAGCCCCGCAUAAGAUAGAUCUGCUCCUGCCUCUUGUUUCUUCUGCCUCGUGCUGUUCCCUGAUGCUGAGAGCAGGCUUGACACUUGUCACGUGCUUCUCUCUCCCCAUUUCUUCCUUUUCUUUCCCAAAUCUGUCCUACAAGAAUCCCUGACACAACCACCCACAGUUCCAGCUAUUUGCCUGAGCUGUUGUAUUACCUCUUCAGAACUGACUCCUUCUCCAGUUAUUGCUGUUGUGCAUGGGAGCAACCAGUGGUCAGAAAGGAAGGAGUUUAUGCUUUUUGCUUCUGGUCUAGGUGGUUGGAUGGGGGGACAACAUAUCUGCCUGUGAUGCGUUCUCCCCGGGUGCUGCCAUAAGUCCUCGGAGAAUUGUAAUGCUCCAAUAUCUGUUUGACUGUCCCAGUGCCUAUGAUCAAACCAGACAAGUUGGAAUCAAGUCCCCCAACCCAGGAACCCCGAUACAGUCACGGCUCCAACAUUUCCCUAGGCAGGACAGGAGCUUCCUGACCCCCGCAGGGCCACCCCACUCCACCUCCAGCUGUGGAUACCUCAUGGAAAACAGUUCUGCCUACCAGCCACCUGCGGAGAUGUGCCGUUCCUUCCCCUCCUCCCAGGGCAUGGCCCGAGAAGCCCCUGUUGCCUACCCGCACCAAGUGUCUGAGCCCUGCCUCCAGUACCCCCAGCAGGGCUUCAAGCAGGAGUACCACGACCCACGGUACGAGCAGGCAAGCCAGGGGGGCAGCAGCCGUCAGUACCCAGCAGCCGUGGUGAUCAAGCAGGAGCAGACCGACUAUGCAUAUGACUCAGAUGUUCCUGGCUGUCCUUCCAUGUAUGUGAAUGUUGAAGGUUAUCCAUGCCAUUCAAAUACAGAAGGUACAUUAGGCUACAGCUAUGACAAGCAGAUGAGGUCCUUCACUGAUGAUGUCUGCGUUGUUCCAGAAAAACUUGAAGGAGACAUCAAGCAGGAAGUUGGAGGGUACCGGGAAGGACCACCGUACCAGCGACGGGGAUCACUCCAGCUCUGGCAAUUCCUUGUGGCUUUACUGGAUGAUCCAACCAAUUCCCACUUCAUUGCCUGGACUGGCAGAGGAAUGGAGUUCAAGCUCAUUGAGCCAGAGGAGGUAGCCAGGCUGUGGGGUAUCCAAAAGAACCGUCCAGCCAUGAACUAUGACAAGCUGAGCCGGUCCCUCCGCUACUAUUAUGAGAAGGGCAUCAUGCAGAAGGUGGCUGGAGAGCGUUACGUGUACAAGUUUGUGUGUGAGCCUGAAGCUCUGUUCUCUCUGGCCUUUCCUGACAAUCAGCGGCCAACCCUGAAGGCAGAGUUUGACCGGCAGAUCAGCGAGGAGGACACAGUGCCUCUUUCUCACCUGGAUGAGAGUGCCUCUUACCUGCCAGACCUUGGGAGCCUACCACCACAGCUUUAUGGCAAAAGCUACACGUAUUAGCGCUGCUAAGAGCCCCCUGUGCUGCCCUUGAGGGUGUAAAUAAGGAGACAUUUGGUUAGUACUGGAUCAGCAUAGGCAUGUCCCCAAGACCAACUAGGGGCUGCCCUAGACUGUGAAUACCUGCCUUGGCCAGGAAAAGGGUUCAGGUCCACUUGUGGAUAACCAGCUGGCAGACAUCAGGGCUCCGGUGUGCGUUAUGAUAAGACCCUCGUGUCUGGCAGAACGCAGACCACUUCCAAGCUGCGGAGCUGCAGCUGCAGCAGCAUCUCGUGUAGCUGCUGCCUCUGGCCAGAGCAGAGUCUGUUGUAGUCCCUCUCUUCCUCCAGGGAGGAGAUGGGGGUCCUACUGGAUUUUUUUUCUCUGAUCUGAGGAUGCCAUGACACUGCUGCUGACUCCCUUCUUCCAGGACCUGUCUGGAAGCCUUGCACAACGAGCCCACAGCAAGGGACAGCUCUGACCUACACAGACUUGCCUCCACGAGGGUAGACUUGCCUUCUUCCCAGGAGGGCUGCAGUGCCUUCCCCAACAACCACCCCACAGGAAUGGGAAAAACUUGCCCUUUUGUGUGUGCUUGCUCCUGCCUUACUGCCUCCCUGCUCACCAUGCUGCAUGCCAGGGCUCACUGGUGCUCAGGGCUCUGUCUGAGCAGGGUAGCUUGAGGGACUGGCUAGGAUUAGAGGUGCUCAUGGCACCACGUGCAGUUCAGGGGAAUGGCAGAGCUGCAGUGCUCUGGGGCACAGCUCAAAGCCAGCAUCACCUUCAGGCAGGGGGAUUGCAGGAAGCAGAAAGAGUGGGACCACCCGUUCUUCAUGGUGUUUGGCUCCCAGAGGUCUGUCUCUGGCCAUUGGCUAUUCCAAACUCAGCAACUUCUUCAACAAACUUCCUCAGGAUUUGUGAAGACCUGUUAGGCUCUGAGUGUUGCCCGUUCUGGGCCUGCUGAGGUGUAUUAAGGACAUACUCUACAAAAUAACCUAAAACAUACAAAGUUCUUAAUAUCUGAAUUUAGACUUAACCUCUGCAGAUGUUUGCAUGUUUGAGGGAAGUCCUGGAGCGGUGGUAUGGUGGCCAUCUCUGCAGCCCAGUACAGCAUGCACAGCUUAACUAGACUUCAGCUGGUUUUCCACAACAGGGAAAAAAUCUCUUAACAGGUACCACAUCCCUAUUGACAGGUGCUUCACUCUUAAUCAGCAGCUCCAGACAUGUGCCCAGUUAGAUGCUGUUUGGAUACCCCAUACUGCUACUCAAACACCUGCUCCCUGCUGCUUCAGUUUGACACACCAGGCACCAAGUGCAGAGCACUGCCAACACUGCCGGUGCGGUUGCCUGGAGAGAGAAUUAGUUAUGUUCAAUGAAAACCUGAUUUUCCCCAGUGAUUCUCCCCUGCACAGCUAUUGCCAGCCCUGUUCCCAGGCAUGAGGGCCAAGAAAAGCAGCUCUGCCAGCCUGAGGAGAGGUCGGAUCCUCAGCGCAGCCGGCUCUGCUGAUGCCUUUGCGUGCCCCAGAGGCUGGGGGUCCCAGCCGCUCCUCGUCCUCCUGCCUUGCCCUGCUCCCAGCAGGCAAGCACGCUUUCUCCAGGGUCUCAGGAGUGAGGGCAGAGGGAACAUCCCCAUUGGCAUAAUCAGUCUUUAUUAUUUAUGAGUGUAAAAAUACUAUAAUUAAUAAAUUGGUCUAUAUCUUUGGCCAGUGCCCCGGGUAGU